GCUUCUGCUUGCUUGCUGCUGCUUCGUAAAACUUGUAGACGUCGAGGAACAAGGCGGUGCUACUCUUGAGCAGAGGGGGUCAUAUCACACAGUAUAUACUCCUCACCCUCCUCACUGCUUGCCACUCAGUCUCCCUCCUGGAAAACACUGGCAGGAAGGUUGUGUUUUUUUGGUGUGCAGCGGCUCAGCAGCAUGGAAGUAACCAAAGGAGAGGAGAGCUCGGCUGAACAGGCUGCCUCUUUAUUUGGGGCAUCAGAGCUGGAGAGUCAAAGGAGAAACACUGAAGGUGGAAAGAAGAGGAAUAACUGCAAAAUCAUUACUGGGGUCCUGCUGCUUUGCUUACUGGUGGUCAUCCUGGCUGUAGUGUUUUCUCUGAGAAAGAGCGGUGAUGAGAACGAAGGGAAGGUCUGGCUGCAGGCGACCGAUGAAGAAAUUCAACAGCCAAAGUGUCCAUCUGGUUUUUCCAAGCCUCCUCUCAUCCUGGUAUCCUUGGACGGUUUCAGGGCGGAGUACCUUAAAGAUCACGGCAACCGCCUUCCUGUCAUCAAGAAGUUACGAAACUCAGGAACAACAACGGCAUACAUGAGGCCUGUCUAUCCCACAAAGACCUUUCCCAACCACUACAGCAUUGUGACUGGCCUUUAUCCCGAGUCUCAUGGAAUUGUGGACAACAAGAUGUACGAUGUGACCCGAAACGCUUUUUUCAACUUGAAAACUGACGAGAAAUUCAACGCAAAAUGGUACCAAGGAGAGCCAGUCUGGCUCACUGCCAUGCGUAACAAACUGAAAGCAGGAACCUUCUUCUGGCCUGGGUCCGAUGUAGCCAUCAAUGGCACCUACCCAGACUUAUACAAGCUGUAUGACAAGAGCAUUUCAUUUGAGAAGAGAGUGUCGACAUUGUUUCAGUGGCUCAAUUUACCUCAGGGAGAAAGACCUGACUUCUACACUUUGUACCUGGAUGAACCUGACACAUCGGGACAUCGGUAUGGGCCAGCGAGCAGCCAGGUCGUUCAGGCCUUGGAAAAUGUGGACAGGAUUUUGGGCAUGCUGAUGGAUGGCCUGUUACAGAGAGACCUGCAGCACUGUGUCAACAUUAUAAUCAUAUCAGACCACGGCAUGGAGGAGGCUUCAUCAGAAAAGGCAGCUUACGUGUCAAACUACGUGGCCGAUACUGCUCACUUUUCUGUUAUCCAAGGCCCAGCUGCUCGUAUCAGACCCAUUCACCUUCCAGAUAAUUACUUUUCCUUCGACUAUGAGGGCCUGGUGAAGAACUUGUCGUGCAGGACCUCUGACCAGGCAAUGAGACCGUAUCUCAAAGAAAACCUCCCUAAAAGGAUGCACUUUGCCAACAACAAACGCAUAGAAAGAGGACACCUCUAUAUGAAGGAAGGGUGGCAGGCUGCGCUCAAACAGAGUGAAUUCAAGUACCGCACCGGCGGAUUCCACGGCUCAGAUAACCUCUUCACCAACAUGCAGGCGAUCUUCAUUGGCUAUGGUCCAGGAUUUAAACACAAGACUGUUGUGCCUCCUUUUGAAAACAUUGAAAUAUAUAACCUCAUGUGUGAUCUCCUCGGUAUUCGUCCGGCUCCAAACAACGGGACUCACGGCAGUCUGAACCACCUUCUGAAUCAUCCCGUCCACCUGCCAGUUCAUCCAGCGCAGCUCUCACACGACACCCCCUGUGAGGCCAGUAACCCCUCCCCCUCUGACGACCAGUGCAACUGUACAUCCCAAACCAAGGCAAUGGAGGCAGAUAUGAACACACGUCUCAUGGCGACUAAUUCCAGUGUUAAAGCCAGCUUACGUCGUCUCCACCAUCCCUUUGGCACCCCUCGAGUCGUCCAGCCUGAUGUCAGCUUUUGUCUUCUCCACCACUCCAACUACCUCAACGGGUACAGCAAAGACCGCCUCAUGCCCCUCUGGGUGUCGUACACUAUCCAACCUCUGACCAGAGUCAAACUCCUGAGCCCAGAGACGGAGGCAUGUGUUCGUGCUGACGUACGCAUCCCAUCGGCUGCCAGCCAGCUGUGUCUGCGCUACAGAGAAGACCCCGCGCUGUCCUAUGGCCUGCUGCAUCCCCCCAGUCUCAGUAUUGACGGACCUGAGACAGACUCUCUAAUCACAAGCAACAUGGCACCGAUGUUCCCUGCAUUUAAGGAUGUUUGGGCCCAUGUCCACGAUGUCCUGCUUCCAAAAUAUUCACAACAGCUGAACGGAGUCAACGUCAUGAGUGGGCCGAUAUUUGAUGGAGACUACGAUGGAAAUGUUGAUGCACUUAAAGCAAUCUCAGGGAAUGAGACUAUCGUCCCGACGCAUUUCUUCAUGAUCCUGACCAGCUGUAGGAACUCGACCUUCAGCCCUGUUAACUGUAAGGGUCCCCUCCAGGCCAAGUCCUUCAUCCUUCCCCACAGACCUGACCACACAGAGAGCUGCGCUAGUGGGUCGGACUUGACGUGGGUCGAGGACUGGCUGCAAUUUCACGUGGCCCGAGUCCGAGACGUGGAGCUCCUGAGCGGACUGAGCUUCUACCACGACAGGAUAUCGGUGGAAGAGACGCUACAACUCAAGACGCUUAUACAGACUGCUUAAAAUCAGAGACAUUAUUGAAUGAAGCUUUAAUGUCCAAAGGAAGCCAUAUUGGUCUGAACAACAGGCCCUCUGUCCAUGUGGACACAGUUAAACCGACUAGCAGUGGGUUUAAAACGUGCCUCACUUAUAAAGUGUUCAAACCAAAUUGAUCCCAGUUCCAUCCAGGUUGUUUGUGAUAUGUCUGAUCCCCCCCCCAAAAUGCUUUGUAAUAAUUCAAAAGCCGUAUAUAUAUAUUUGUUUUUGAUCAUGUUUUUAUAAAUGAUUUUAUAGAGAAAAAUCUGAGGGCAUUUUUAUAAACGAGUCUCCGAAGCUCUGCACCAAAGAUGCCAUCACAUCUGCUGAGUGGCUCCAAAGUAUUUCCUCAGAUGGGAAAGUUUGGCAGGAAGAAAAUAAAAAAAGGGAAAGGAAACAUUUAUUGAUGGAGGAGGAAAAUCUAUUUAUACUGCAGUUGUUUUUAUUGGCGGGGGCACUUUUAAGAAACAACAUGACAAUCUGGAAACAGUUUGUCUGCCGCCACACAUCUGGAGAGCUGGCUGCAGCGGCCGGAAAAACACCCAAUGCGAGACUUAAAGAAAUACGUUUCUGCUCUACAGAAAGAAAAGUUUUACCUGCUAAAUGUUGUCGUCUCUAUGUUCCUGGUUGUUAUUUUUGUAUUUUCUUCACACAGCACCAAUGUUGUUUUUAGUAUUUUGUAAAUUCUUUGUUUGGUUAAUGACAUUUGGAGAUAAUUAUAAAAUUUUAGUGUGUGAAUGUGUGUGUGUGUGUGUAAUGUAUGCAUGGAUGGAUUAUGAUACAAAUUUGCUCCUGGGCACAGACCUAAACAGGAGCAACACAUCCAGACUAAAAGAGGCACAGUGACCACAAACAAUGCAUCUUUCUGUAGCUGGUUUGUGCCUUUUUGAUGUCGUUUUGCAUCUCUGUUUCUUUUUUAGUCACUUUGUGUCUAUUAUUUUGCGUUUUUAUUACACAUUACACAUUUUGUGGUUGUCUUUUGUCUUUCUGUACUGGUCUUGUGCCUCUUUAAAGUCUUUUUGCACCUCUUUCAAGUUGUUUUGCUAUCUUCAAGGUCAUUUAAUGUCUCUGUAUAGUAUUUUUGCGUCUCUUUCCGUGAUAUUCAGCAGGUUAAGCAGAACUCUGCGAUGUGACUGUUGUUCACACCGGAGAUGACGAGAGGCUGUCUGUGCCAGGUUGUAAUAUUCAGUAAUCCAUCCGUGAAUGUUUGUGUAAAUGUGUGUGUGUGUGUGUGUGUGGGAAGCUGAAAUUAUUAGUAGUAUUAGUCUUUUUAUCUUUUCUCUUCACAGCAGCUGUCUGGAAGUUGAGGUUGGUGGGCAUUUGUGGAUAUAAAGAAAAGAGUUCAACAAAUUUAUACAUUUCCAAUAUGUGUUACAGCUUAUUUUGUUUUAGUAUUGUCAGAAAUGGCAGCCAGGAUCAAAUACAGUUUCAUAAAAAAAAAUCCUCACACUGA